CCCCUAACUGCUUUGUUGUUGGUUUCGUCGCUCGGAAGAAAGUCGCGAUUUUAGCUUAGUAUUGCCAACUUCAGACCUAAAACGAGUGGUUAACUUGGCUGCGCUAAAACGAACGCGCUGCAACUUUUUUGGCGAGUGCAGAAAUUGCAGCCGAAACUGAAAAGACGUGAGUGCGACAAAGUGUCGCGUGACGAAGUGUGUGCGCUGCAUUUGUUUACGAUUCUCCUGCGGAAGAGGAGAAAGAGGAAGUGCACACGCAACGUGCAACAUUGUGUGUGUUUGUUUGUUUGUGUGGCGAAAAUACAACAAGUGCAAGCAACAAUAAUAACCGCAACAACAAAUAACAUAAACAAAAAUUCAUAUUUUAAGCGAGCCAGCAACAACAACAAGGGGAGUAAAAAAGGAAGGGAGACAGAGAGCUGUUGUUGCUGCCUCACACUGAUAGCAAUGAUUAGUGAGGAAUCCGGCGCUGCAACAAGAAACCAAGUAUGACGGAGGAAAUAACCGGCGAUUGGAGCUAUUACGUGUAUAUAUCGCUGACGUUGGUUCCAGUCUAUUUGGCAUUUCGGCUCAUUAAGUCACUGGGUUGGCAGCUCUUCGUCAACAACUGAGCAAACAAAACAGCUGAAGCUGAAGUUGGAGUUGCAGCCGUCAUCAGGAGAGUCCGUCGAGGAAAAGUCGAACAGCCGGAGCCAAAGAGCGUGAUAUAAACGUAUAUAUAUUUAG